AUGGGCUUUGGUGCUAAAUGGUUAAGAUGGAUGGACGGUAGCAUUUUUUCUAGUGAUAUGUCGGUCCUCAUCAAUGGUAGUAUCACUAAGGACUUUAAGGUUGAAAAGGGGCUUCACCAAGGAGACCUUUUAUCUCCUUUCUUGUUUGUUUUGGUAACAGAGGUGCUCACGACUUUAAUGAGAAAGACUAUUGCUAUUGGUGAUUUUCGAGGGUUUAAGAUUAACGAUGUGGAGGAGGUUAGUAUGCUCCAAUUUGCGGAUGACACCAUUAUUUUGGCGGAAGGAGAUAUCGCGAAUUUGUGGAGUAUGAAAUCGAUUCUUAGGGUCUUUGAGUUAAUGUCGGGUUUGAGGCUUAACUUCCAUAAAAGCAAUAUUUAUGGUAUCAAUGUGGGUGAAUGGGUGGGCGAUAGCCCGAGGAAGCUUUCUAUGUGGAGGGAUUUGAUUUUGGCUUUGAAGAAUAGAAUAACCGUUUGGAAGAGAGUGCAUCUUAAUAUUGCAGUUCGAAAAGCGCCAUCAAAGAUUCUUAAAGAGAUUACGGCUAUUCAAAGGGUUGUGGUGUGCACUGUCGGGAAUGGCUUAGACUUGCCCUUUUGGUACAAUUGCUGGGCCGAUACACAGCUGCUGCUGAUGGCCUUUCCAGAGCUGUAUGCAUUGGCGUGUAACGAUUAUAUCACGGUUGCAGAGGCUGGUUCGCAUUCUGUUUCAGGCUGGGCCUGGAAUGCUGACGCGAUACUCCAGGAUAGCAGCGACAGUGCUGUAUUUCCGUGGCAAGAGCUCAGUGAUUACAUCUCCCAUGUGGUUCUGACGGACUUUUCUAAGGAUGAAUUCGUUUGGAACAUCAAUCAAGAGAGAGUGUUCACCGUUAAGACUUAUUACAAGUGGUUCAAAGCAAAGUUGUCAAACCACCUCUCAAUUCUAAUGUUGUUAAAGCUUCUUCUCUUAUUUGGAAGGUAA